AGCAAGUUGUACCCCAUGUUUCUUUUCUUGUGUAGUGUCAGAAAAGCAGUGUCGCUCAUCAAUGGGACAGACAUGGGCAAGUUCCCUCGCCUGCUCUCUCGCAUCCUCCAGAAGCUUCACCUCAAGGCUGAGAGCAACUUUAGUGAAGAGGAGGAAGAAAAACUUCAAGCUGCUUUUUCACUGGAGAAGCAAGAUCUUCAUCUGGUCCUUGAAACAAUAUCAUUUAUUCUGGAGCAGGCAGUGUAUCAUAAUUUGAAACCAGCUACUCUGCAACAACAACUGGAGAGCAUUCACCUUGAUCAAGACAAAGCAGAAGCAUUUGCUAGUGCAUGGGCUGCUGCAGGUCAAGAUACAAUUGAGAAGUUCAGACAGAGGAUUUUGGCUCCUCAGAAGCUUGAGACAGUUGGAUGGCAGCUUAACCUUCAGAUGGCUCAGUCCGCCCAGGCGAAACUGAAAUCUCCUCAAGCUGUAUUAGAACUGGGAGUGAGCGAUGAAGAUUCAAAGAACUUGAAGAAAGUGUUUGUGGAAUUCAGUCACCAAGAGCUGUAUGAGUUCUAUAACAAGCUGGAGACCAUACAAGCACAGCUGGAUUCCCUUACAUGAUGUUUUUGAAGACCUGUUUCUCCAUUGCACUCCUGCCACCUCAUUAUUUUGAAUUGAAGAUAGAUUGCCAAGCUGUGUUUGCUAAAGGAUUCAAUGGGUUGUUUCCUGUAAAAUUAUAUAGCUUAUCUCCUCUUGGACCAGUAACAUUAGCCAAGGGAGCUCAUUGUUAAGAGUUCUGGGGGUUCUAAUUGACUUUCUCUUGUUUUCUAAGCCAACAGCAUUUGUUAACAGUCCUACUUGAGAAGGAAAGACAAUAGCAUACUGUUUUACAGGAUUUAUGCCGCAUCACCUGUGUUGUUUAAUUCAUUACAUGUCUGAUGAUAAUUUGCAUACUACAGAGGGACCAGGGAUAAAAUCUGCACCCAUGUUGUUGUUACAGAACUUUAGUAGUAACUGUAAUAGUAAAAAAAAUAAACAUAACCAAGUUUCCAUCCCUGUAAAUUUGCCCCCCAAAUGUCAAAACUUUAUUACAGAUUGCUCAAAAUAAAUGUAUAAAAAU